AAAGCGAGAAGAAGGAAGCAACGAGCCGAGGAGAUUCCGCGGCGGAGUUGGUAGAGGAGGAGGAGGGUUUGCUCUGCGGCGGCCAUGGAGAACCUGGCGAUGCUGUGGGCGAUCAUCGGGCCGGGCUUCGCCGGCGCGCUCUUCGGCGCCGGCUGGUGGUUCUGGGUGGACGCCGUCGUCUGCAGCGCCGUCAAGGUCUCCUUCAUCCACUACCUGCCCGGGAUCUUCGCGUCGGUGUCCGCGCUCAUGUUCAAUUGCGUCAGCAAGGAGGACCUCGGGGGCGACUACUACUCGGCCUAUGGCGGCGGGGAUGAUAACGAGUGGAGGUCAGGUUUUUGGCUCGAUUUGGCACUGAUUGGUCGAAUUGAUCUGUGGAUUCAGGUUACUGCAUGUUCACCAAAGAAUAGGUUUCUGAAUUUAGAUGAUUGA